GCAGGAGGCAUUAACAUACUUCUAACACUCGUCCUAGCUCUACCGCCAAAUUUUCACACCUUCCCAAAACCCCCACCUUCGUCAGUCCAAACUCAACCCAGAGAAACAAGAAGAGAUGAUAUCAGCAAUUUCCUGGGUGCCCAAAGGAGUUUCAAAGCCCGUCCCCGCAGUCGCCGAGCCGCCCACCCAGGAAGAAAUCGAUGAGUUGAUUAAGUCUGGUAUCUUAGACAAAAGUGGAGGCGGUGGGAGCGAUGAGGAUAAUGAGGGAGAAAUGGAGGUUGAAGAAACCACCGGUGAGGGUGGCCAAGUCUCACAUGCAUUAGAGGUGGCAAAAGCACUUGGCAGAGCUGAGAAGGUGACCAAAUCAGGAAGCAAGUAUGAUGACAUUACGGAAGGGUUGAAGGAACUUGACAUGGAUCAUUAUGACGACGAGGAUGAUGAUGGCAUUGAUUUGUUCAGUGGUGGGUUUGGGGACCUUUACUACCCAAGUAACGAUAUGGAUCCAUAUCUCAAGAAGGAAAAAGAUGAUGAUGAGGAUUCUGAAGAUAGUGAGGACAUGACCAUCAGACCAAAUGACUCAGUCAUAGUUUGUGCUCGCAAUGAGGAUGAUAUCAGUCAGCUCGAGAUUUGGCUAUAUACUGAAACAGAGGAUGGUGAAUCAGAUGUUUAUGUUCACCAUGACAUAAUCAUUUCAGCAUUUCCCCUCUGCACGGCAUGGCUUGACUGUCCUCUCAAAGGUGGAGACAGAGGAAAUUUUAUAGCUGUUGGUUUGAUGGGGGAACCUACCAUUGAGAUAUGGGAUCUUGACAUUAUUGAUGAAGUGCAACCAUGUGUGGUAUUGGGCGGUAUUGCUGAGAAGAAGAAAAAGAAAGGAAAAAAGACCUCAAUUAAAUACAAAGAAGACAGUCACACAGAUUCAGUUCUGGGGCUUGCUUGGAAUAAAGAGUACAGAAAUAUACUGGCCAGUGCAAGUGCUGACAAACAAGUUAAAAUUUGGGAUGUGGCUACCGGAAAAUGUAACAUUACUAUGGAGCAUCAUACAGACAAGGUUCAGGCGGUUGCGUGGAAUCAUUUUUCCCCUCAAGUUCUUCUCAGUGGAUCUUUUGAUCAUUCAAUAGUCCUGAAAGAUGGAAGGGUACCAACACAUUCCGGUUAUAAGUGGACAGUGACAGCUGAUGUAGAAAGCUUAGCAUGGGAUCCGCAUACUGAGCAUUCAUUUGUGGUGAGUCUUGAAGAUGGUACAGUACAAGGUUUUGAUAUUCGGGCUGCCACUUCUGCUCCUACUUCUGAAUCUAAACCCAGUUUUACUCUUCAUGCACACAACAAAGCUGUUUGUGGAAUAUCCUAUAAUCCUUUGGCACCUAAUCUUCUUGCAACCGGAUCCACAGAUAAAAUGGUGAAGCUUUGGGAUUUGUCAAAUAAUCAACCUUCAUGCAUUGCAUCCAUGAAUCCUAAAGCAGGAGCUGUGUUUUCUAUUUCUUUCUCCCAAGAUAACCCCUUUUUGUUGGCCAUGGGAGGCUCGAAAGGGAAAUUGGAAGUAUGGGAUACAUCAUAUGAUGCUGCAGUUGCCCAAAGAUUUGGAAAAUACAUCAAGAAGAGCAGACCCCAGUCUGCUGCUUGAUCUAUUGAAGAUAAUCAACUGAUGUAUGUCUAUUAUUCAAGAUGAACCUUUUUAUUUUUAGGGAACAAGUAGCACUACCCGCGGCAGUGGUCUCAAAGUUUUGAAAUCCCUAUGAUUCAGAUCCUCAUCAUCUCUUUUAAAGUAUACUUGUAUGUUGUACACUAGGCAUAGGUAAUAUUUUUCUAUGUUCUUGUAUUGGUGUUGUGUUAAAAGAAGAUGCAAAUUAUGGAAAAGAAAUGAGAAGUAUUUU